CGCUGCCGCCUUGGAGGGGGAGACACUGUCGGCGGGGGGGUGGGGAGCCAGUGACGUCGGGAGUUUUCCUCAAAGUCAAUAACGAACCUGGCGAAGGAGGCGGCAGGAAUCGAGCCGAGCGCUGGGGCCCGGGCCGCUCCGGGUGUAUUCAGUUGGGGAAGAGCUGCCGCCGCUCCUAACUCCCUGGAUGCUGCGGCCGAGCUGCCCGGGCGGGCGCCUCCCUAAAUAGCGGGACAGCCACUAUCGAUGUAGCCGCCGCCCCGCCUGCAUCUGUCAGAGCGGCGCCAGCUGGAGUGGAAACCUUCGCAAACCCAACACCAAGGUAGACCGCCGUAGCCGUGAAGGACUCACCCCCGGCAGGGGGGACAAGGGAGGAGAGAUCGUGGGCGCCCCCCUGCCCGGAGACCCGCUUCCAAGCCAACGGCCGGCACCAGCCACCCUCGCCUUUUGCUGCAGGCUGCUUUAAAAUAUUGGAAAGUCAGAAGAAUAAAGGAACUCUAAAAGUAAUACUGCAAAAUAUUCUUUAAUCUGAAGGCUCAGUAGAGCCAUCAUGAGCGAUGUUACAAUUGUGAAAGAAGGCUGGGUUCAAAAAAGAGGAGAAUACAUAAAAAAUUGGAGGCCAAGAUACUUCUUAUUGAAGACAGAUGGCUCCUUCAUAGGAUAUAAGGAGAAGCCGCAAGAUGUGGAUCUACCAUAUCCUCUUAACAACUUUUCAGUAGCAAAAUGCCAACUAAUGAAAACAGAGCGACCAAAACCGAACACAUUUAUUAUUCGAUGUCUUCAAUGGACCACUGUGAUAGAAAGAACAUUUCAUGUAGAUACUCCAGAAGAACGGGAAGAAUGGACAGAAGCCAUCCAAGGAGUAGCAGACAGACUUCAGAGGCAAGAAGAGGAAAGAAUGAAUUGCAGCCCAACAUCCCAGAUUGAUAAUAUUGGAGAGGAAGAGAUGGAUGCCUCGACGACCCACCAUAAAAGAAAGACAAUGAAUGAUUUUGAUUACUUAAAACUACUUGGCAAAGGCACUUUUGGCAAAGUUAUUCUGGUCCGGGAGAAGGCAAGUGGGAAAUAUUAUGCUAUGAAAAUUUUAAAAAAGGAAGUUAUUAUUGCAAAGGAUGAAGUGGCUCACACACUUACAGAAAGUAGAGUAUUGAAAAACACUAGACAUCCUUUUCUAACAGAUAACUCUCAAUAUGUUUGUAGUACUUUAAAACUGAAUGUAGUUAAAGUCAAACUGGAUUUUUAUGCUAGAAGCUCGCUUUUUCCCCUUGGAAACCUGGAAAAGAUAAACCAGCUGCUAUCUAAGAGUGCUGAAUGUCCACUGAGAGUACACUAUCUAUCAUCACAAUAUGGUGAUGAGAGGUGUUUUAUGUUUGUGUUAAUUUCCCCCACUAAAUCAGUAAUUAUUGCAAUCCUGUCCCUGCUGUUUACCCUGCAGCUGUUUUUCCAUUUGUCGAGAGAGCGGGUGUUCUCUGAGGAUCGCACACGCUUCUAUGGUGCAGAAAUUGUGUCUGCUUUGGACUAUCUGCAUUCUGGAAAGAUUGUAUAUCGUGAUCUCAAGUUAGAAAAUCUAAUGCUGGAUAAAGAUGGACACAUAAAAAUUACAGAUUUUGGACUUUGUAAAGAAGGAAUCACAGAUGCAGCUACUAUGAAAACAUUCUGUGGUACUCCAGAAUAUUUGGCUCCAGAGGUUUUGGAAGACAAUGAUUAUGGUCGUGCAGUGGAUUGGUGGGGCCUUGGAGUUGUUAUGUAUGAAAUGAUGUGUGGCAGAUUGCCAUUCUACAACCAGGAUCAUGAAAAACUUUUUGAACUCAUUCUAAUGGAAGAUAUAAAAUUUCCUCGAACUCUCUCAUCUGAUGCAAAAUCAUUGCUUUCAGGUCUCCUGAUAAAAGAUCCAAAUAAACGUCUUGGUGGAGGACCAGAUGAUGCUAAAGAAAUUAUGCGACACAGCUUCUUUGUUGGAAUAAAUUGGCAAGAU